AAUGGUUAAUACCGAGCCCGAUAAGCACCCAGUGAACCGUUAGAAGGAGCAAAGACUCUCCCUCUCCCCUUUUUGACUGCACCUCUAAACGAAACCAAAAACCCCAGAAGUAAAAAUAUUCUCAAUUCAAUGCUUCGAAUUUUCUCUGAUUUUGUUUCCUUUUUAGAUCUAUUUCCUACGGCUUUUCCUUUGAUACUUACUGCCCGUAUAUAGUAAAUAAACUGCCUUUAGAUGUUUGUGUUGGAUAAAAAAGAAUUGGGAAAUUCCAGGUUUUAUUGUUCCUUUUUGUUUUUGUCUGAAGGAUCAUUUUAGGGUUUUUGAUUCAUUUGAUAUGGCUACUACAGAAGCGUUAUCUGUGAUUCCUGCUUCUGUUUUGCGUAAUCUCUCUGAUAAGUUGUACGAGAAGCGCAAAAAUGCCGCCCUUGAGUUGGAAGGGAUAGUGAAGCAAUUGGCUGUGGCGGGUGAUCACGACAAGGUCACUUCAGUCAUCCAUUUGUUGACUCAGGAGUAUACAUAUUCCCCUCAAGCUAAUCACCGCAAAGGAGGGUUGAUCGGGUUGGCUGCUGUAACUGUUGGUUUGACUUCAGAAGCAGCGCAGCAUCUCGAGCAAAUUGUGCCACCAGUCUUAAAUUCCUUCUCGGAUCAAGAUAGCAGGGUUCGUUAUUACGCCUGUGAAGCUCUGUAUAAUAUAGCAAAGGUUGUAAGAGGAGAUUUCAUUGUGUUCUUCAACCAGAUCUUUGAUGCAUUAUGUAAGCUUUCAGCAGAUUCAGAUGCUAAUGUGCAAAGUGCUGCUCAUCUUUUGGAUAGACUUGUAAAGGACAUUGUCACAGAGAGUGAUCAAUUCAGCAUUGAAGAAUUUAUUCCAUUGUUGAGAGAACGGAUGAAUGUCCUCAAUCCUUAUGUUCGCCAAUUUCUUGUUGGAUGGAUCACAGUUUUAGACAGUGUUCCAGAUAUAGAUAUGCUCGGUUUUCUUCCUGAUUUUCUUGAUGGAUUAUUUAAUAUGCUGAGUGAUAAUAGCCAUGAAAUAAGACAACAGGCUGAUUCUGCGCUCUCAGAGUUUUUGCAAGAGAUCAAGAAUUCUCCAUCUGUAGAUUAUGGUCGCAUGGCAGAGAUACUGGUACAGAGGGCGGGCUCGCAGGAUGAAUUUACUCGGUUGACUGCUGUAACUUGGAUAAAUGAGUUUGUGAAACUUGGUGGAGAGCAGCUUGUGCCUUAUUAUGCUGACAUUCUGGGAGCAAUUUUGCCCUGUAUAUCUGAUAAAGAAGAGAAAAUAAGAGUUGUUGCUCGCGAAACGAAUGAAGAACUUCGAGGCAUCGAAACUGAUCCAGCCGAGGGAUUUGAUGUAGGAGCAAUCCUCUCCAUUGCUCAGAGGCAGUUGUCCAGUGAAUGGGAGGCAACACGUAUUGAAGCAUUGCACUGGAUGUCAGCCCUGUUAAAUAGACAUCGCUCAGAGGUCUUAGUUUUUCUUAAUGACAUCCUUGAUUCUCUUCUAAAGGCGCUAUCAGAUCCCUCUGAUGAGGUAGUGCUUUUGGUGCUCGAGGUGCAUGCAUGUAUAGCUGAAGAUCCUCAACACUUCCGCCAGCUUGUUGUAUUCCUGAUUCACAACUUUCAGCUUGAUCACUCACUUCUAGAAAAACGUGGAGCUUUGAUAAUUCGUCAACUGUGUUUCCUUCUAGAUGCUGAAAGAGUUUACCGUGAGCUGUCUACCAUACUUGAAGGGGAAUCAGAUUUGGAUUUUGCAUCUAUCAUGGUUCAGGCCUUAAACUUGAUUUUGCUUACUUCGUCGGAGUUGUCUGACCUUCGAGAUCUUCUUAAACAAUCACUGGUCAAUGCUGAUGGGAAGAACUUAUUUCUUUCCUUGUAUGCAUCAUGGUGCCAUUCGCCAAUGGCGAUAAUUAGCCUCUGCCUAUUAGCUCAGGCAUAUCGACAUGCAAGUUCUGUUAUUCAUUCGUUGGUUGAGGAAGACAUCAAUGUUAAGUUCUUAGUCCAACUGGACAAGUUGAUCCACCUUCUGGAGACUCCAACCUUUGCUUACCUUAGGCUGCAGCUUCUUGAACCUGGAAGAUACAUAUGGUUGUUAAAAGCCUUGUAUGGUCUGCUGAUGCUGCUACCCCAGCAAAGUGCAGCCUUUAAGGUUCUUCGCACUCGUUUGAAAACUGUGCCUUCAUACUCCUUCAAGGAAGAGAGAUUUAGGAGAACAUCUGGGAUUCCUUAUUCUCAAUUUAAUUAUGGAGGAGGAGGCUCACAAAUCUCUGAGGAUGGGGACCUCAAUGAAAAUUUGCAUGACAUGCAUAAUGGUAUAAACUUUGCUUUGAAGCUGCAGCAGUUUCAGCAAAUUCAGAAGCAACAUCAUUUGCAUUCAAAGUCACAGACUCAAUCACGUUUUGUUUCUACUUCGUGGACGAAGGAGGUACAAAUAGCAGAAGAAUCAAAGCGAGCUGCUUCAGAAUUGAAUAGGCCCCCUUCAAGAUCAUCUGGUAGAGGCUUGGGACAGUUGCAACUCUGACUGUUUUCUUCUGCCUCCUAAUUGAGUUGAUUAUAUGGUGAUCACAGUACCUCAUAAGUUGUAAAUUAUCGUAGUAGUUGUUUUCUCAAAAAUUAUUAGUGUUGAGAUGGAAGAGGGGAGGGGAGAAAUGGGUAUUAAUUUUUUGGCUUGGAUGCACUUCUUUUUCCUUUUGAAAGAAUAUUUAAGGGAUGGAUUUUGUCCAUGUGGUUCUAUUAUUUUUGUUGAAUACCAUAUGGGCAAAGCAUGUAGGUUCGUAGGAUAUAUGAACAGUUCGUUUUACUCAUAAUUCUUCUGUUAUAACAUACUACAACAACCCAGGAAAAUUCCCCUUGUGGGAUCUGGGAAAUGUUCAAUUUCCCAUUCAUACAAUGGUUUAAAAAUAAAUGUUCAAUUUAUUCAGCAUGCUCC